AUGUCUCAGCCAUCUUUUACCUUCUCCUCCUUGCCGUCGAGGAGCCAUUCGUCGGCAUUGUUCACAUCAUCACCGUCAUCGGUUCCGUUUGGAAGGUCUCCUAACUCCUCCGGUAGUAGUACUCUGCCAUUGUGUGAUGAUGACCCGUCAUUGCCUAACUCCGACCAUACUCUGCCACCGAGAAAGGCUCAUAAACUAGAAAGACAAAUUUAUAAUGAUGCAAUGGUGCAGUUUUCUCAGGUGCUGAAUCUUGAUAAGAGUGAGGCUUUGGAAGCUAAUGAGAAUAUUGUAAAUGAUGACAUGGAGAGAAACAUCAGUGUUGGAUCGACUAAUUCAGUUGUGAAGAGAAGAGCAGGCAAAGAAACUAAUCCUUCAAGCCCUCGCUUGACGAGGAGUGCUUCGGUGAAUAAUUUGGGCAUGUUUAUCGCAUCUGAUAGUAAACUCGCAGAGUUGGCUGUAACUUCUCCUAAGAAGGCUAGAAGAACGUUGGCAAACCGAGAGUCAGCUGCACGUUCACAGGAGAAGAAGGCGAAGUACAUAGUAGAGUUGGAAGGCGAAAUACAGGCUCUUAGGGCCGAGAAUACUGCAAUAAGAGCUUUGUACAAUCAGUUGCGGAAUGAUCAUAUUGCGAUGGAAAAUGAGCACAGAGAACUGGUGAUUCGUUAUGAAGGACUGGAGAAACAGGUGCAGCUUCAUCAAGGUACGUCAUCUUAA